ACUGGCGAGUCAAUUAUGCACGAGCUCGCUCCCGAUUGGCCGAACGCCGAAGUUGUCGCGACAAGAUGGGCGGGGCCAGCGAGGAGCUAUGAUGGUGUGGAUUAUGAUGAUGUUCAUUUCUUCCCUGCUGCUGAAGGUGUAACGAUGUUCUGCAGGGCUGUGUGCUGUAACCGCUGGUCGUGUGAGGAGAGGCUGGAUGGCCAAACAGUCAUCAUCACUGGAGCCAACACGGGCAUUGGCAAAGAGACCGCCAGAGACCUGGCAGCUAGAGGCGCCCGCAUCAUCAUGGCAUGCAGAGACCUGGAAAGGGCAGAAGAGGCGAGAUUGGAGAUAUUGGAGGACACUGGCAAUGACAACGUGGUCAUUAGGAAGCUGGAUCUCUCUGACAGCAGGUCCAUUAGAGCCUUUGCAGAGCUCAUCAACAAAGAGGAGAAACAAGUGAAUAUUUUGAUAAACAACGCAGGCAUCAUGAUGUGCCCGUACUCCAACACAGCUGACGGCUUUGAAAUGCAGCUUGGAGUCAAUCAUUUGGGUCACUUCCUGUUGACUUACCUGCUGCUGGAUUUGAUCAAGUGGUCCGCUCCUGCUCGUGUCGUAGUGGUGGCAUCAGUGGCUCACACCUGGACCAGCAUCAGACUGGAGGACCUCAACAGCGAGAGAAGCUACGACACCAUGAAAGCCUACGGACAGAGCAAGCUGGCCAACGUCCUGUUUGCACGAGCCUUGGCCAAAAAGCUUAAAGGAACCGGGGUGAGCGUGUUCUCGCUACACCCGGGUGUGGUGCAGUCCGACCUGUGGAGGCACCAGCAUCAGUGCAUCCAGGUGGCUGUGAAGAUCUUCAGGAUUUUCACCAAGACAACUGUAGAAGGGGCUCAGACCACCAUUUACUGCGCCGUGCAGCCCGGCCUAGAGAGUCAGAGUGGAGGUUACUUCAGUGACUGCGCCCCUGCAAGGUGCUCCGCGGCAGCCUCUGAUGAUGAUUUGGCCCAGAAGCUUUGGGAGAGCAGCUGCAGCAUGCUUGGCAUCACCUGGCAGUGAACAGUUGGGACCAAAUAAAGGACUUUCUGUAAUAUUAAUUAAAAGAAAACAGCACUACUUGGUAAGCACUUUGAUGCAGGCGUUCAUGUUACUUCAUAUCGUACUUUGUUUUGUACCGAUCACACCUGUUGAAGUCUUUAAUUAUUCUCCUCUUCACAUAAUUUCUCAUUGUUGAGUAUUUGUUGCGGUGAACAAUGAAUUGAGAAGGGGAAAACUAAUCUAAAUCACAUGCGUGAUUGUUUAAGACCAGUGGAAUGUGGCACUGGCAAAUUGAAAGGUCACAGGCACUGCUACUUUGUUAUCAUUUGUUCAAAACUUGCUAACAGUUUCAUCUAAAGUAAACAAUGUUAAUCACGCGAUUAAUCUGCGUUAAUACAUAUGUUACCAGAACGAGAAUCAAGUAUGAUUAGCACAUAAGGAAUUUGACUUGGUAGACUGUGCUCUCUUUGUUCAAUGCAAGAAACACAGAAAAAUGCUCUCUAAACUAAAGCAUCAUAUACUAGGUUGGAAUCAAAGACCAAAGAAAACAUUUGAAUUGGGGGCUUGGUAAGAGCUCUUUACUGGCUGGAUUAAAAGACUUUCGAUGAAGAUUGGCUGACGAUUCAGGAGGUAGCUGUCAAGCGUCAGAUUUGAUGUUAAAGAAAGCAGUGAUCAAAACAAUGGGGAAAUCAAGGAAGAAGUCAACGGCGGGUUGGCACAGCUGUGUUGUGAAUGGACUAGAGUGGGGAGAUGAAGGUUCAAGUGGGAGUGAAGAAAGAAUGGAUGUAAAUCAUGAUGAGGGUAGAGGGAAAGAGAAAAGGUAGGCCUGUGGGGUUGAAGAAGGAAGGCAUGUAAAGAAGAUCAAAGCUAGCGAACAACAUAAUACAGAAAGGGUAGUAAUAAAAGAGAGGAAUCAAAGUAUAAAAUUGCAGCAAGAUUUAAAGAGCAGGGAGGCGUCUCGGCACUAAACACAGUUAGGCUCUCAACGGUGUUGAAAGGUCAGGUGGGAGAUAUUUCAAUGGCAAAAGUGUUAAAAGAUGGAAACAUGUUAGUAGUAUGCAAAGACAGCGAGCUUACUGACUUAAAGCAAUUGAGCAGCACAAGUGAGCGCUAGCUAUGUGGGGCAGAGUAACAAGUGGAGUAAAAGAGUUAUCUGGCCUGUACCAUUGGACAUGGCAGCGGAGGAGUUUAAGGCAAAUCUGGGGUAAACUGAAAGAGAUUGCCGAUAACCCGACAUGGGGAGCGGAAAGACAAAGGACUGUUGGCGUUUGAGGAUGAAACACUGCUAAAUAAGGUUUUUGUUGAUGUCAUGAGCUACAGUGUUAGAGAAUAUGUAGAGGGGCCAAUUAGAUGCUACAACUGUCAGGGGUUUGGCCACACAGCUAACAUAUGCAAAGGAAAGUGCAAAUGUGCAAGUUGUGGUAAGGAUAAUGAAUAUUCAGAGUGUACUGAGGUUCAACCCAGAUGCUAUGGUUGUAGAGGGGAUCAUAGUGUGGCUUAUAGGGGGUGGGAGAAAAUGAAAAAGCUAAAUUAAGUGCAGCAGGUUAGAGUACAGCAGGAAGUUAUGGAGGCAGAAGCUUUGAAAGUG